GUUGCCGACCCCGAAGAAGGCCGAGCUGCUUCGGCAAGCAGGGCUUUACGUCUGCACUAGGAAGGAACACUCGGAGUGCAUGCGAGAAGAUGUGGCAGAAGACCCAGGAAGCGAGGUGGACUUCGGGAGCAGCAGCGACCACGAUGCUGCCACGCCUGCAGCAUCUCCGGUUCUUGUCCAGCCGAACCUGCACCGACGCCGGCUCGCCACCAAGACACAGCCACCUCGCUUUGUGCGCGAAGGCAUGUUGGCAUUGUUGCCAAAGCCGCUGGACACCAGUUGCCUUGGCCUGCAGCUCGGCACCAUUUUUAGUAUCGACUGGGGUUCCGCGAAGCCACUGGUGGCCCUAGUGGGCAAAGAGUCCGGCAUCGUGUACUGCGGCAGCAAGCCGCUGAACUGCAGUGUCUCGGCCAUGCACCUGCUUACGGCGGCCGCGGAUGCGCAAACGGCAUAUAGCCGCUUGCUUCUGUCACCCAGCACACGCCGCGAACUGCCUCCAAGACUCAGGGUGUGGCUGGUGGAGGACAUUAUCUACAACGGAGAGAAGACCACGGACGGGUCCUCCGACAUUGGUUUGGACGACGCAGUGCGGCUUGGCAUGAUAACCCUCCCCAAGAACGUGCCGUCCCUUGUGCUGUACUCGCCCAUCCAAAUGCGGACCGAGCGCGCUUUGAACUCCCGGCAGCACUGCUUGGGCAAGGGCAUGCUUAUGGUGGACCCGACCAGUCUCCGACUGGACAUCUACGUGACGAAGGAUACGGUGGCGGCCAUGAAGCCGCCGUGCGUCAAUGCGCAGCUCGCAGUGGCGCUGCUCAUGCGAGCCAUGAGAGGGAAGACAGCAGGGGCGCGAGAGUGCACCAUGGGUCAGCUAAUC